GCCACUUUCACCGUGAACCGUGGCUGGUAACAAAAAGUUCUGCCUUCCUCCACCGCCAAAAAUUUCGUCCUGCCUGCGAGGCUACGGUCUUGGAAUUUGGCGAUUGCAAGUCCCCCACUACUGUUGAACGCAAAACACGCUGUUGAUGCUGUUCUUGUUUCCCUUUGCAACGUUGUGAUGUGCGCGCGGUCCUGAAGCUUAUUGAAGCUUUACCUGCUGCUUCUAGCAGUCCUUUUUACUCGACGCCAGCUCGAUCGCCAACGUCAUCAUGAACAUUUCACAGCCAAUCUCGUCCGACGUGGACAGCGUCGAGUUCACGUUCUUGUCUCCCAAGGAGGUCCAGGCAAUAUCAGUAAAGCGCAUCGAAAACGACAGCACCUUUGACAAUCUAUUGAAUCCGGUGCCUGGAGGUCUUUACGACCCUGCCCUUGGCUCGUGGGGUGAUUCGCCAUGCGCGACGUGUAACCUCAACCAGAUCAAUUGUCCAGGACACGCAGGCCAUAUUCAACUGCCGGUGCCCGUCUACCACCCCGUCUUCCUGGAUCAAGCAUACCGGCUCCUUCGCGCAGCUUGCGUCUACUGCAGAGGCUUCCGGCUGCCUGCCAAAGACCUACAUGCGUAUAUCUGCAAACUGCGACUUCUACAAUAUGGUCUGAUCAACGAGGCCCACCUCGUCGGAUCAAUUGGCGAGAAUGAUCUGGGCUUCAAGGGCAAGGAGUUCGGCCUCGAUGUCGACGAAUCUGCAAGUGAGGCUGAGGAGGAGGGAAAGGCCUCAAUCAGCAAUGUCACACGAGCGCGCGACAAGUACGUGGAAGCCUGUCUGCGCGGCAUCAAGACAAAGAGGGGCGAAGCGAAGCGCGGAAAACAUGAGGGCGCCAUCGAGCUGCGACGCGAAGUGAUCAAGGAAUUCCUGGCAGAGAUCACCAAGAAGCGGGCUUGCGCAAGCUGUGGAGGAAUCAGCCCCACAUACAGAAAAGACAAGUUUGUCAAAAUCUUUGAGAAGUCGCUCUCGGACAAGGAAAGAGGCAAGAUGGCGCAGAGGGGUAUGAGGCGACACGAUGCAAUGGCUCGGGUUUACCAAACACAGCACCAGGGGAAACGGAAACCCAACGAGCGCCGUAACUCGGACGAAGGAGUUGCUGAUAUCGAAUCUCCUGUUGCCGAAAUGGAAGAGGAUCUCGCCGAGACGGAGCACGACGUCGCCAUGGCAGACAUUGAACAAGUCAUGGCCAAUGAAAUGCAGCGAUACAUCACACCCAUGGAGGUGAGGGCCCGUUUGACGGAGCUCUUUGAGAAGGAGCAGGACUUGCUGUGGCUUGUAUACAAUGCCAGGCCAGCCUCGAGAAGCUCGCCGCCAGUGUCACCAGACAUGUUCUUCUUGACACACAUCCUCGUGCCGCCAAACAAGUUUCGCCCUGAAGCACGAACAGGCGAUUCAUCCAUCGCCGAAGCGCAGCAGAACAAUCUGUACAAGAACAUCUUGAGGGGUUGCAGCAGAAUCGCCUUGAUCCAUAACACUUUGAGUGAGGGCCGCGGCGAUAUCACCCAGCUGCACUCGGCUUGUGCUGAGCUCCAGGAUUCGGUCAACUCUCUGAUCGACAAAGACAGGAACCCGGUCCAAGGCGCAGCUGCAGCUCGCAACGAAGACGGCAUCAAGCAGCUUUUGGAGAAGAAAGAAGGUCUCUUCCGCAAGAACAUGAUGGGAAAGCGUGUCAACUACGCAGCCCGCAGUGUCAUCUCACCAGACCCAAAUCUCGAAACCAAUGAGAUUGGUGUUCCGCCUGUCUUCGCCAAAAAAUUGACUUAUCCCGAGCCAGUCACCAGCCACAACUUCAGGGAUAUGCAACAAGCUGUCAUCAAUGGAGUCGACAAGUGGCCGGGCGCUUUCGCUAUCGAGAAUGAGAAUGGUCAGAUUGUCAGCCUACGCAACAAAUCAGUCGACGACCGUAUCUCCCUUGCCAAUCAGCUCUUGGCCCCUUCGAGCAACACUGCUGCCAAGUUGAGGAACAAGAAGGUCUACCGCCAUCUGACCAACGGCGAUGUCGUUCUGAUGAACCGUCAGCCAACGCUCCACAAGCCAUCCAUCAUGGGUCACAGGGUGCGCGUUUUGCCUGGAGAGAAGACCAUUCGCAUGCACUACGCCAAUUGCAACACGUAUAAUGCUGACUUCGACGGUGAUGAGAUGAAUAUGCAUUUCCCGCAGAAUGAAGUCGCCCGAGCUGAGGCUCUCCAGAUUGCAGAUACAGACCACCAAUAUCUCUCUGCGACCGCUGGCAAGCCGCUGCGAGGUCUCAUCCAGGAUCAUAUCUCUGUCUCCGUGGCACUGUGUAACCGCGACACUCUGUUCACGAAAGGUGACUACCACUCCCUGGUAUACAGCGCGUUGAGGCCUGAGAGCGGUCACAUUCUGGGUGAACGGAUUCAACUCAUCCCACCGGCCAUCAUUAAACCUGUUCCACGUUGGACCGGCAAGCAGAUCAUCACCACCAUCCUGAAGAAUAUUCAGCCGUUGAAUUGUGGUGGCUUAUCAAUGGCCGGUGACAGCCAAAUUCGAGGUGAACAGUGGGGAUCCAAGGAUUCUGAGGAGGCCAGGGUGUUGUUCCAAGACGGUGUGCUCAUACACGGAAUUCUGGACAAAUCGCACAUUGGCCCCAGCGCAGGUGGCUUCAUUCACUCGAUACAUGAAGUGUAUGGUCCUGCGGUCGCCGGCAAGCUCCUCAGUAGCUUGGGGCGCCUGCUCACAAGGUACCUGAGUGUGCGGGCUUUCUCUUGCGGAAUGGACGACCUUCAGUUGACAGAGCAAGGAGAGGCAGCAAGGAAAAGGGAACUCGUAGCUGCUGACCACGUCGGGCUCAAGGUAGCCUCGGAGUACGUCUCAGUGCCAGACUGUCAAUCGAGCAAGGACCCCCUUCUUCUUGAGCGCCUAGAGGAGGUUGUCCGUGACGAUGACAAACAGGAGGGACUGGAUCUUCUUAUGAAUGCAAGCGGGCAGGACAUCACAGCCAAUGUUCAAAAGGCCUGUCUCCCUGAUGGUCUGGAAAAGCCUUUCCCCCGAAACCAGAUGCAGGCUAUGACUACUUCUGGUGCCAAGGGCAGCCGAGUCAAUGCUUCACUCAUCUCCUGCAACCUCGGACAGCAGGUCUUGGAAGGCCGACGAGUGCCAAUGAUGGUCAGCGGCAAGACACUGCCCUGUUUCAGACCUUUCGAGACUCAUGCUCGCGCCGGCGGCUAUAUCGUCAACCGCUUCCUCACUGGUUUGCGACCGCAGGAAUACUAUUUCCAUCACAUGGCUGGUCGAGAAGGUCUGAUCGACACAGCUGUGAAGACGUCGCGCUCCGGCUAUCUGCAGAGAUGUAUCAUCAAGGGCAUGGAGGGGUUGACCGUCGGAUACGACACGACCGUUCGCGAUGCCGAUGGCUCAAUGGUACAGUUCCUCUACGGCGAAGAUGGACUCGACACAACGAAGCAAAACUAUCUCAAGGAUUUUGGCUUCAUCCUCAACAACGUCACAUCAGAAGCUGCCCAACUGAGGUACACUCCACAAGUCGGCGAGCGCCUCGGAGGUCAGAAAGAAGACAUCGUCAAGUACAUGAAGAAGGCUAUCAAGCAUGCGGGUGCGUGCAAUGCUCGUGACCCGAUCACUGCUGCGUUCAGCCCUGCUACUCAUGCUUUCGCAACUUCGGAGUCAUACUACGAGGCCAUGACGAAGUAUGUGAAGGACAACAAUGAUGGCCUCAUUUUGGACAAGAGCGAAAAGUCAAAGAAGAAGGCAGGUCUCAACAAGAAGAACGCCGAGAUGCUCUUCGCUAUGAAAUACCUCCAAUCGCUUGUCGAACCCGGAGAAGCUGUUGGUAUCGUGGCUGGGCAGUCCGUCGGUGAACCAUCCACGCAGAUGACGCUCAACACUUUCCAUUUGGCCGGUCACUCGGCCAAGAACGUCACAUUGGGUAUUCCCCGUCUCCGAGAAAUCCUCAUGACGGCAAGCAAAUCCAUCUCCCGACCAGCCAUGUCACUCUAUCCAAUUAGCGAGCUCAGCAAGGAUGAUGCAGACAUUUUCGCAAAAUCCAUCAGCAUUUUGCCUCUGACUUAUGUCCUUGACAAAGUUUCGGUGCAGGAGAAAGUGGGCCGUGGGCGUGGCCAUGCGACUGCGAAAAUGUAUACCAUCAAACUCAAGUUCUUUCCGUCCGCGGAGUAUACCAAGACGUAUGCUAUCGAGGUCGACGACGUCAUGGGAGCCAUCGAGAAGAGGUUCCUGCGGCAUCUGUUGACACUUGUGAAGAAGGAGUUGCGCAGGCGCAAAAACGAUGCUCUGGAUGCGGCGGCAAUGAUCGGUCAAAGCUCGGGCACGGUCGAGACAGCUGCUCAAGUGACCCAAGCAGACCGAGGCGAAGAUGACGAAGAUGAUGACGAUGGGGAUGGCGACGCCACCAAUGCCAAACAGCGAGCCAACAGGGGCGAGGACGUUUCCUACGGGCCCAACGACGAUGAAGAUGACGCGCUGGUGCGCGCAAUGGAUCGGGAGGAUGCUACGGGCGAGAAUGAUGAUGACGACGAAGGGACCAGCAAGGCUCCGAAGAGGCCUCAUCACCGCGCUCAGGAUGCACAAGACGAUGAAAGCGACGAAGAUGCUGACUCGGACGAUCUUGCCGAAGAGGAAGGAAACGCGCGGUCAGAUCGUGUGCUGAACGCAUAUGACGAGGUGCAUGCUUUCAGCAGUGAUGAGAAAGACGGCGCUUGGUGCGACAUUUAUCUUGAGUACCCAGGCUCCACGCCCAAGCUCCUCAUGCUCAGCCUUGUCCAGGCUGCAAUCAAGAAGACGGUUGUCCAGCAGAUCCCGGGCGUGGGCUCUUGCACGCUUGUCGAGGAGAAGGACAAGUCUCUUGUCAUCCAUACCGAAGGCACAAAUCUCCGAGCUAUGCAGAAGUACAGCGACUAUAUCGACCCCAACCGUAUCUCAACCAACGAGAUUGGCGACGUGCUCGAGGUGUAUGGAGUGGAGGCAGCUCGCGGCAGCAUCGUUGCUGAGCUCGCUGGUGUCUUUGGCGGCCACGGAAUUAAGGUGGACAAUAGGCACUUGAACCUCAUCGCCGAUUACAUGACCCGAAACGGCGACUUCACUGCUUUCAAUCGCAUGGGUCUAAAGGGCAAUGUCAGCCCUUUCACGAAGAUGAGCUUCGAAACCACACUGGCAUUCCUGAAGGACGCGGUGCUUGAUGGCGAUUGGGACGAUUUGGCAACGCCCAGCAGUCGCCUUGUUAUGGGCAGGUUGGGCAAGGUCGGCACGGGUGGCUUCGAUGUCUUGACGCAUCUGCCACAGCACAUUGAUGAUUCUCACGGCGUCCGGUAAAGUAAAGUAUGUAAAUAUUGUAUUUUGUUUUGCUUUGGAGGAAGCGCAGUACCGACACACCGAUUAUUUCCACAUUUGCUUGACACAGACCGGCGUGAUUCAUCAGGGAUGAGAGUCGCUCUACAUCAUGAACGCAAUGAUUCACAUCAGUUGUGACUGGCUGAACUCGGGCCGUUGCGUCAGAUAGAUAAUUUGUUGUCGGAACCUCGUGAACCUCGGCAUCGGGUAGCCUCGAUCGCCUUUCCCCGCAUG